AUGGCCGACCUACCCCCCGACCUCUUCGACCAAACCACCAUCAUCUCCCUCCUCGCCACCGUGGCCAUCGUCCUCGUCGCCUACCUCACCUCCAAGUCCGUCCUGCCCGCCUCAACAUCCAGCACCCUCCGCUUUCUCUUCAUCUGGCACCUCGCCGACGCGCUGUGCCACUUCAUCCUCGAAGGCAGCUUCCUGUACCACUGCUUCUUCUCGUACAUCACCCCCACCGCGGACACGGACGUCGCGAGCCUGUUCCCCACGCCGUUCAACUUCCUGGGCUGGGAGAACCAGAGGAUCUAUGGGCCGCAGAGCGGUGGGGACAACCCGUUUGCGCAGCUGUGGAUGGUGUAUGCGCGGGCGGAUAAGAGAUGGGCGGGUAUUGAUCUUGGCGUCGUCAGUCUGGAGUUGCUGACUGUGUUCUUUGAUGGACCUGUCGCGUUGUAUAUUUGCUAUUUGAUUAGCAAGGGGAGUCCCAAGGUCAACUUUUGGAUGAUUGUUCUUGCUACGGCUGAACUAUAUGGAGGCUUCAUGACUUUUUGCCCUGAGUGGCUUACUGGUAAUGUCAACCUGGAUAGUAGCAACUUCAUGUACAUGUGGGUGUACCUGGUCUUCUUCAAUGGUCUUUGGGUGGUUAUUCCCUUGUACGCCAUGUGGUAUUCGUACUCCCAGAUCUCGAGUGCCUUUGCCGUUCAAGGCACCAAGAAGAAGAUCUAG